AUGACAUGUGCCGAAGAAAACUCCUCGCCAAAGAAGACAGUGUCUCAGUUUUUAUCAGAAUGGAAAGUUGUCAUUGACAAGCUUCGCCCGACACGCGCAACCUCGCUGUCUGACGAGACACGAAUGCUCAUCUACAAAAGAGAUGGAGGAUGCUGUUGCCUUACAGGCACGCCCUUCAAGUCAUACUCCGAUCGGGAGCUAGAAUACGUUCAAAUGAUUUCACCCCUGGCGUUUUCAGAUUUGUCUAAAGGAUACUAUGUGGCCCCCAACGCGUUUCAACACGGACCUUGCCUUUACGACUCUCUAUCGACAAACACCAUGAUAGUUGAGAAUCGGACCCCUGAACUAACUCCUAUUCUUAACGCAGAUCUACUUGACUUUCAUGCACACUUUUCAAAACCAUUAGCAUGGAUUGAGAUAAGAAAACGUAUAAACACUUCUCCUAGUACCAUCGGCUUGGCCGCAAAAUACCAUGCCGAGGCUCAUACCUUGCGUUUGGUGGAGCAGUCAACUCAUAUCCCUGCACCACGAGCGAUCGAUGUCUUGAAAACCCCACGCUUUUCGUACUUGCUCAUGACUUGUGUUCCUGGACGACCGAUUGGUCAAUUGAUAGAUUCAAUGACUGACGAAGAACUAAAGCAAGUCGUGACUGACUUGAAAGAAUAUGUUGCAGAACUUCGCACAAUACCGAACCAAACAACGGAAUUCCAAAUUUGCAACUCUGAAGGGGGCGGUAUCUUAGAUUGGCGGAUCCCUGACAGCCAGCGUGAGGAAUUACGGUUCAAGACAGAAGCCGAAUUCAACAAGUAUCUAACGGGGUACGUGGUGGAAGAAUAUCGAAGACGUGCUUCUAUAUCACACAAUGUUCGCCACGAGAUUUUUUUCACCCACGGCGACCUGAACUUGAGGAAUAUCCUCGCGGAAAAUGGGAAAAUAACUGGUAUUGUCGAUUGGGAAAACGCAGGGUGGUUUCCUGAAUACUGGGAGUAUACCAAGGCCCAUUACACUGUCCGAAGUGAGAUACACUGGCUUGCUGAUGUCGUCGAUCGGGUAUUUGAGGGAUACCGUGAAGAACUAGUUGUCGAAAAUAUGCUUUCUGACCGUUUCGGCCCUUUCUAG